AUGGGUAACAACGCUUCUGUUGCUCAACAAGAUGCAGAAGCAGAUAUGCUUGGUUUGCUGACUGAGGUUGAACGUGGUCGUCCGGGGGUUUUCCCAGCUGAGCCCACCGGAUAUCUGAGCGAACCGCAAGUCCAAAGAUUUCCUCCGCAGGUGAACCAGGCUCUCUUUCAGGUCCCAAUCAGAUCGUCCCCGUCCUCCAUUCAUAUGCCCGGGUCAUUCCCUACUCAGACCGCCCCCGCUCCACCGCCAGUGCUAUCAACUAACCACCAGCCAUCUCCCACCUACUACGCAUUGCAAGCCCCAAAUACAACGCCUGGCAUAUACUAUGCCACGCCUGCCGACUCUCGACAGAACACACUUUCGUCGGGUUCUCACUUUGCAACGCCCCACUCGCAGUGGUCAUACAGUAGCUCUCCCGGAUCUUGGAUUCAUUACUCUCCGGGUACAAUCUGUGCCCCACCAAUACUCCCAGUCUCCUUGCCUCAGUCUCAAGAUGCAAUACCUUACCUUCCUCCUGGGUUUAUUCCGCAGAGGAUUAUAUCUCCAGACAGAGAUACCGCUCCUUCCCGUGGGCAGAGCCUGCCUCCCCUUGCGGGCUCACGGUCCUCGUCAUCAAUACGUACUUCGAGCAAUGUCUCCCGAGAACAACGCCACCCUCUUGCUCAGUCACCGACUGUGCAUGUCACAUUGUACGAAUCGCCGCGCUCGACGUCGCCUACUCAAUCGCCAGGCUCGGGGCCCCCGGCGUCGACGGCUGCUAACGUAAUCCACAAUGUUCGAUUCUCGGAGUCGGCAGAGGGCAUCUCAGAUGGUUCACCUGAUGUUCAGUAUAUCUCAGGCGAGGGGUCGCCUACCCCGCCCAUCCCCGGAAGAUUGUCAACAAUUUCAGAAGCCGAAGAACCGUGCAACAGCCAUGUUCAGCUGUCCGUUGAAUCCCCCAGCUCUGCGGAACGCUCAGCCUCACCCGCAUUGAGUUCCUUUGAGGACCCUCGGCCCGAUUCUCGUUCUAGCCAUCGCUCAAGCGAUACGCACAUCUCAUCAACUUCUUCUCUCGGGGACUUGCUCAAGCCAUCUCCCCAGGGAGGCAGCGAGCAUAUCCCGCUAGCGCCCGAACUCGUAGCACAACAAAUCGCCUCGCUUCCGGCCGCCAUGCAAAGCCGGGUCGAUCUGUCCACAUUUGCUCAACCAUUAUCGGCUACCGGUUCGUCGCAGAGUGCAGACUUCAUUCCUCCACGAUUCAGCCCCGCUGUCAACGGCAGUGAUUUAUGGACUGACUCCUCAGCGUCUCCCGUUCCGUUUCCGUCCUCGGCGCCCUUGGUCUCGCCUCCGGCCCCACCGGGAAGCCCUUUCUACCAGCCUGUGAUCCCACCUUUCUCGUCGCAUUCAGCGCUGCCUCCCCAACAGCGUGGGACUUACUCAAGCCAAACCAGCACCCCUUUUGCAACACCUCUGUAUACAACUCCCCCGUACCCAAAUCCAUCAGUCGCCACAUUUGCUACCACGCCCCAUAGGUCCCCGUGGUACAGUGCCCAAGUAUCCAUGGUGGGGUCCUCGUCCUCAGCGUCGCCUGAGUACUCGACGUAUGCGUCCUUCCAACAUGCUCCUCAUCCCAACUGUGCUACCGCGGCCGGCUUCUGUGUCGGGACGCCAUUCCAGAGUGUCGUGAUACAACCUGAUCAACCGCCGCAUAGCGUGCCCACAGCGACAGGUGGACCUAUGCAAGGAUUAUUCGUCAAGGCCUUCAGGGGGUCCACCCAUAUCAGAAUGGUUGUUGAUACAACUUGGGACGAUGCCGGCCUUUUCCGCGAGAUGGGCAAGACGUAUGACAAGCUACGAGCCUGGAGAAAAUGGACAUCAUUGAAGAGUGUCAGAUCCAUAACUCUAGUACGACAUGACGAGAAGCUCGUCUACCCACAGCGCGUCGGGCCUAAACGCGUAAGCCGACACCGGCAAAUGCGGCUGCGGUACUAUCUGCAGCACCCAGACGAGCUGAAGGACAGUCGUGAAUUCAUGCAAGUUCUCAUACAGAGACCAGAUCUUAGCAUCGAAUUUCUCGAGCGCUGGCAAGCGUCGCGAAUCGGACUGCUACUAUUGGUCCUUGUCUUUUUGUCCUUGGCCGUUGGUGUCAUCUACACGGAGACGACUGGAGACGUCUCGAGUGGCUUCACGAUUGCAAGCUAUAUGACUUCCGCGUACUCAGUGUGCCUUGUCCUCAUUGGUGUACUGAACUUGGUAGACCUCUGA